CUAGUGGACAGUGAACAUCUCACCAUUCAAUAUAUACAGUAUUCAACACUUUACUCCUUCCUAUGUUCAAAGCUACGUACUUUCCUAAAACGGAAGCUGUGUGCUAAGUGUACACCACCGCUGAUGCUGGCAGCAACGCUCAAGCACUAACAAGCUCUCUACCACCAAAACCGACUCUUACUUCACUUCACCAGCAUGACAGACUUCCUGGCGCGCGAGAGUGAGCUCCUUGGCGACGAGUUCUCCACUCCAACAGCGACUGGAGGCUCAUUCGCCACUGCGGGCGGAGACAUUGACUUCGACAGUGCCGCUGCUGCGUUUCCUGACAUCUCGCUGGAUGGGACUGGCGACAUUCCACCCCCUAUCGCGUCGAUUCCCAGUACGAAUAGCUCGAGUGGGUUCUCUUUUGAGGAUUUUGGAACCCCGCCGAGUGAGAGGACGACGGAGGUGAAGGUGACGGGUAACGAUGAGAUUGAGAAGUUUGAGAGUGAUUUCCCGGAGAUCGAGGUUCCUCAGACUCAGCAGACGUUCUCGCCACCUGCACAACUCUUCGGUACUACCACCCAAACCUUCGCACCUCAGCCACAACCUUCUGCGCUGGUUUCGUCGACACCUAUUUUCAACCAGCCUAUAGAUGAAAAUGAGCCCGAGGCUAUCAAGCAAUGGCGCGAGAAACAGGCUGCUGAAAUCAAGGCAAGGGACGAAGCUUCGCAAGUCAAGCGGGAGGAGACUGUUGCUAAAGCUGAACGAGCGAUUGAUCAAUUCUACGAGGAGUACUCUGGCAAGAAGGAAAGGAACAUUCGGGAGAACAAGUACGUGGAACAUGAAGAGGAGUUCCUUCAAAGCCUCACCGACAACCUAUCGCAAGGCACGACGUGGUCACGUAUCUGCGACAUCAUUGAACUGCAAAACUCUCAGAGCAAGACGAUUGCUAGGGCUGGUGCAGGCACCACUGACCUUGCGAGGUUCAGGGAAGUGUUGUUGCGACUCAAGAGGGAGGGCGAGUCGGCACCUGGUGCCGCUGGUUAUUAGAUUUUCAGAGUACUUUACAUGCGUUAGUAAUUGGUUGGUGACCGGUCGGAAUGUUUGUUCCCGUUCUUUCGCGAAGUUACAUAUAUUUAUAAUUUUCGGACUUAUCCAUUGCUACGAGUUGGCGGAGAGCAUAAUGGCUCAUACGCAUUGAAUUUGGAAAG